GCACGUUUGACGUUCUCGUACGACCUUGUUUUUGUUGAUGUUUAAUUUCAGUGCGGCUGCGCGCUGCCUUCGCCGUUGCCGCUGACGCGACCUGACAAGGAAAAAGAGCAAGCUACUAGCUCGGCAGUGAAUAGUUUACACGCACUGAGUGUAGAGAUUUUUGAGAGGCGAGUAAGUACGCUAUCUGAGGACGUUCGGGGAUAAUUUUAGUUUGCGAUUUAACGAACCUCACCCGUAUGUGAUCGCCUUUCCUCUUCGCUGGACGCUGCCUUUGAGGGCCAAGGAACAAAAUAGACAUCGCCAUUAUAUGAUCCAGUGUCCAGCGUCACUUUUACCCUCCAUGUGGGUGAGGGAACUGUGUGUGUCAGAUUAUGGCGAAGAAAACAGUUAGCAGGAAAAGGAAGGCAGGAGAGCCCAAGGACCAACAACAGCUGGGUUGGUGUCAGGCGCCACACAAGCGAAGCCGUGUUUCUUGUUCUUCACGUCAUGCCCAGCAGUGGUGGUGCAGUCGACGCUCUGUGGUAUGUGCUCUGCGGGGGCGGGAGUUCAGACCUCAACAACAGCAUGAGUUGAGGCUCCAGAGGAGCCUGCGUGGCUUUGCAGCCGGCAGGCUCCCCGGCAUUCUUAAGGAGAGGGAGUUUUCUCUCGGGCGGCUCAACAAAGUGUUUGCCUCACAGUGGCUCAAUCAUCGGCAGGUGGUGUGUGGGACAAAAUGCAACACGCUUUUUGUAGUUGAUGUACUGACAGGACAGAUCACACGCAUUCCCAUGCUGAAAGACAGGGAGUGUCGUGAUGGAGGCUCUGGGGAGGUGGGUCCAGUGGUGCCUGGUCGCAAUUAUCACUUAACAGAAAUCUCCCAUACCCGGUUGGACCAGCAAGGCUGUGGGAUCCACGCUAUUGAACUCAACCCCUCGAGGACACUGCUUGCCACAGGAGGAGACAAUCCUAACAGCCUGGCCAUCUAUCAACUCCCUACACUAGACCCUGUUUGUGUUGGCGAUGAUGGUCACAAUGACUGGAUAUUCUCAAUAGCAUGGAUCAGUGACAACAUGGCAGUUUCUGGGUCCAGAGAUGGCUCCAUGGGACUGUGGGAGGUUACAGAAGAAGUAAUGAGCCAGGCUGAGAGGAGUCAAAAUGAGGAGACAGUGCCCUCCUAUGCCCACAUCUCCCACCGUGCCCUCAAGGACAUCCCCAAGGAGUACACCAACCCAUACAACUGUAAAGUCCGUGCUCUGGCCUUCAAUAACAACCAUAAAGAACUGGGUGCUGUUUCCUUGGAUGGCUAUUUCCACCUCUGGAAAGCUGAGCAUAACUUGUGCAAGAUACUGUCCACCAAGCUGCCUCAUUGCAAAGAAAAUGUGUGCCUGGCAUAUGGACAGGACUGGUCAGUGUAUGCUGUAGGCUCUCAAGCCCAUGUUUCUUUUCUGGAUCCACGGCAACCUACACACAGCAUCAAGUCAGUUAGUUCAAGAGAGAGAGGAAGUGGCAUCCGUUCAGUGAGUUUCUAUGAGCACAUCGUGACUGUGGGUACUGGCCAAGGUUCUCUUCUUUUCUAUGACAUCCGGGCUCAGAGAUUCCUGGAGAACCCUUUUAAUCCAAACGGAGGGUAUCGGAAGUGCCCUGGAGAUGGCAUCCUCAAGCUCACUACGGGAAAAGGCUGGCUGAAUCACGAUGAGACGUGGAGGAGUUACUUCUCAGACAUUCAUUCCUUCCCCAAUGCAGUGUACACCCACUGCUAUGACGACUCUGGCACCAAGCUGUUUGUAGCAGGUGGACCGCUCUGUUCUGGCCUGCACGGCAACUACGCAGGAUUGUGGAGCUAGCCUCUUCUUCUCCCCCAUCACUUUGUCACUACAUCUUCGUCCAGAUCUUUACUCAUCCAGUCCCUCCAUCCCUCUUCAACUUCCAACCUUCUCUGUUUUCGGUGUACCUUUUGUCACCCUGUUUUGCUCACACUUGGACUCAGGAGCAUGAUAUUUUCUUCAUUUUAUCACGGCUUUCAGUAUUAUUGUUGUGUAUAUUUGUCCACCAUUCCACCGUUCUUUCUCCUUAAACAAUUCCUUUGCACUUCAGCUACUUUUUUUGUUUGUUUGUUAUUUGUUAUUCUUUUGGGGUUUUUUUUAAUAUAAAUAUAUAUAUAAAAAUGUACAGACUAUUACUAAUUUUCAAUUGCUGCAAGGUCUGCCACUGAGGACGUCAGAAGAGUUCUGGAAAACAUUAAGAAUAAAGUUCUCAUUGUCUAAAGGAUUUACAUUCAACCUGCAGGGAUUAGGCUGUGGUUUCUGCUGGUUUGUUUUUGUACAUACAGAUGGCAUUUUACCACUUUCUCUGUGAAAAAUGACCAUGUCUUUAAACAGACAGCAAUAAGGUUGAGAGAGGGUGAAGGGUUGGAGAGACUAUUAAUAUAAAUGGACUGAACCUAGAGAACUGUUUGAUGUUGGAAAAGCCCACAACAAUCACAAAGAACUUCUCCAGUCAGAAGUAUAAAAGAAGGAUCCAAUCAAAGUGGGAUUGUGUGUUCAUCUUAUCCUCACUGAGAUGAUGUAAAGGAGAUAUGUUCAAGCUUGCUGAAUGCAGUGUUGUUCUGUUAGGAGGGGGAGGGGAGGGGGGGGAGAAAGGGCAUAUUAAAUUUUUUUGGACUGUGUGAUUAGACCAGCACAUCCCUGCUGAUAUUCUGAUUUGCUUUGUAUUUAUUUUUCCCUUUUUUUUUU